GGUAAUCGCCGGUCCUUCUCUCCCGCACGGGUCCAUUUUAACCCGGACUAUCAGAGCAGCAGCAGCAGCAGAAGAGGCGGGAAGCUCGCGCCGUCACAGCAGCAGCAGCAGCUCGCGCCAUCAUCUGAGCCCGCAGCGUCGCACGCAGAGACCGCCUCCAUCUUCUUCUUGUCCUCCUUCUCCUCCGGUUGUUCCUCCGGUUCUCUCCGGUCCGCCACCAUGUCCGGGACCAAGGACGAGGAGCGGAAAGGCUCCAGCAGCGAGUGGAGGGACGCUUUCUGGAACCCGCGGACCCACGAGCUCCUGGGCCGGACCGCGUCCAGCUGGGGUCUGAUCCUGCUGUUCUACCUGGUGUUCUACCUGUUCCUGGCGGGGAUGUUUGUUCUGACGAUGUACAUCAUGCUGCUCACGCUGGACGACUACAAGCCCACCUGGCAGGACCGCCUCUCUACCCCAGGGAUGAUGAUUCGUCCAAAAGGAGAUCAGCUGGAGAUUGCUUUCUCCGUGUCAGAGACAGAGAGCUGGGACGGCUUCAUCCAGAACCUCAACACCUUCCUGUCCCCGUAUAACGACAGUUAUCAGGUUCAGAUGAAUGAUAACUGUGCUCCAGAUCAAUUCUUCAUUCAAGAGGACAGUGGCGAGGUCAGGAAUAACCCAAAGCGUUCUUGUCAGUUUAACCGCACCAUGUUAGAGGAGUGCUCUGGGAUUUCGGACCGUUUCUAUGGUUACAGCAGAGGUCAGCCCUGCGUCCUCAUCAAACUCAACCGGGUGAUCGGCAUGUUGCCGGGGAAGGACGGUCAGUCUCCUUAUGUCACCUGUGGAGCCAAGAGGUACAGAGUGGAGAAAGAGAAAGAUGAGUGGGUGAACUACACCCAGCCUCUGGUAGCUGUGAAGUUCCUGAACGCGUCUGUGAACACAGACAUCAGCGUUGAGUGUAAGAUCAACUCCAACAGCCUGGAGGCUGGCAGCGAGAGGGACAAGUUCGCUGGGAGGGUGUCCUUCAAGCUACGCAUCAACACCAAAUAGAGACACACACUCAGAGACACACACUCAGAGACACACACACACACACACACACACACACACACACACACUCACACACACACACACACACACACACUCACUCAGAGGGACAAGUUCGCUGGGAGGGUGUCCUUCAAGCUACGCAUCAACACCAAAUAGAGACACACACUCAGAGACACACACUCAGAGACACACACACACACACACACACACACACACACACAC